GGAAGGCGCCUUGUUCCUUUAAAUCGCGGGAGCUGAGGGCAGUCGCCGCAGGGAGCGGACGCUGGGCUCAGUUAAGGGAGUCCCGGCGGCGGUGGGAUUCGCUCCUUCCCCAAAGCGCAGCACGUGGCGGGACGAUGAGUUGAGCAGCCGCUGGCACCGCCUCCCCCGGGCGCCUGCUCGCCCGGCUCAGCAGCACCUGGGCACCGCACCCUUGCGGCGGCAGCGGCCGGGUUCCCCACGCGGUGCCUGCCCUGCCCGGCGCGCUCCGGGGCUGGGCGCGGCUCCGGCUGGGUUUGCAUGUGCUGCCCUCGCCCCAAGCCGGGCGCGGCGAUGGCUCGGGGCCCCGGCUGGCUGGCGGCGGUGGCGGCUGCGCUGCUGCUCCUGGCGCCCGGCUCGGAGGCCGGCUGCGCCGAGCUGGGGCGCUGCUGCCGGGGCAGAGACCUGGCUUGUGUCAGCAGCGGCUGGAGACCGGACCGAUCCCACGGCGUCUGCUACUGCGACCAGGCGUGUCCCCGCACCAUGGACUGCUGCCACGACUACCCGCAGGCCUGCCCAGAGGUCUCCUGUGCUGUAUCCGAGUGGAGUGACUGGAGUGGCUGUGCAGAGCCUUGCCGGGCAACAUAUCGAGUUCGGAGGAGACACGUCGUGCAGGAGCCUAGAAAUGGAGGCGAGGCGUGUCCUCCUCUGGAGGAGAAGGCUGGCUGUGUGGAGUAUUGGAACCAGGAAGGAGCUGAGUGCAAACAGUCCCUUAUUCCAGCAUUAAUAACCACAGGAGGUUAUGGGAAAGCAAGGAAAAAGAGAGCUGCGUCCAGCGAAAAUGAAAGAUCAGGGUAUUGUGUCGAAUUCCAGAUCACAGCCAUCACGGAAGGCUGUUUGCAGGGGAGCAGUUCCUAUACUCAGUGGAUGCGCUAUCUCAGCGAGGGGCACACGGUCUGCGUGGAGUGCCAGCACCCGGCCCUGGAUUCCAGGAGUCUGCAUUGCUAUGGGGAUGGCAGUGGAAGCAAAAAGAAUCAGCUGCUGCACUGGCAGGCCAUGGGGAAUCCCCGGUGCAGAGGAACCUGGAGGAGAGUUCGCCAGCUGGACACUUGCUCCUGUCCUUCUGUUCACAGUUUCUUGUUCAUCUAACUCUUCUGAAUUGGCCCAGCGCCUCCAAGCCUGAGUCACGGGAUCGUGGCUUUGGCACAAAGUUUGAAGUAACAACCCCACCCCACCUGCUGAUCAGUCAGUAAAACCCCUCUUGGACUGUUUCAAGGAGGUUGCCACCUGCCAACGCUGAGGCUGAAAACCCCUUCAUAUCCACCCACGCUCUUGGCUCGCUGAAGAAGACAGGCUGACAAAAAAUCUUCAGGCUCUUUGUCCCCACACUUCCUUCCAUGAAUGUCCCCUGUGCUUGAGAGCAGCCAGCCUGACUUAGGCAGUCAGUCGCCUACUCUACUUCCAAGUCCCUCCUUCCCUGAGACUUGCCAGCGAGAAGCCACCAAAUAAAAGAAUUCAAAAAAGAAUUUAUACAUGCAUUGUUUUAAAACCUAGCUAAGCAGCCAACAAAAGAUAUGUAAAAUGAGUCCACUCAAAUUGCCUCCUCUCCAUACAGAUAACCCCCCUGCCUGGAGGGCAUUCCUCCCUUCCCCCAAUGCUUUUGUUAUUUUAUGUUGGGUUCCUGGUCUAAUGUAGAGGCCAGUGCUGUACCUAUUGAAAUUUGGGGAAAAGCUCUCAUUUACUUCAUGAGGAGGUUUGAGUCCUUGGGGACUGAUCCUGAAGGGUGCUGAGUGCCUCCACUCCCAUUGGGCUGGAUUCUGCUUCCUUUGAGGUAUACAGUAACUCCUCCCUUAACGUUGUAGUUCUGUUCCUGAAAAAUGCUACUUUAAGCAAAACUAUGUUAAGCGAAUCCAAUUUCCCCAUAAGAAUGGGGGGGGUUAGGUCCCAGGGAAAUCUUUUUCGCCAGACAAAAGACUGUUUAAAACUUAUGUUGUGUAUGUGUGUGUAUACGUAUAAAAUACAA